AUGCACGCCGCCUACGUCAGGUUUGCCCUGCUGGGCCACCUUGUUGCCCAUCUCGCCUCUGCCACGCCCGCGACUCCAGGCACCGUCAAGAGGAGCCCUCUGGGGAUCAGCCUCCCUCCCCUGAUUCCUAGUAUUCCGGGAGUCACUGUGCCUCUAGUAGGCAACCUCGCUCCUCCUUUACCUAUCCUACAGGUCCCCACCCCGGCUCUUCCUAGCGACCCGUUUACGCCAUCUAAUAUCAAGCCCAAGAAGAUUGGCUACUUCUGGACCGGUGCGGGCGAUAACCAGCACAAGGACUUCUUGGCCACCGCCAGUCUCGAUGAUGACACAUUCGGCACCAUCAUUUAUCUCACGGAUGUUCCAUCCAGCGGGAACUCACCGCACCAUCUUGGCGUCUCGCACGACGGCAAGCUGUUAGUUGGCGGUGGGCUGCUGUCGCUGCUCAAGACCCAAGACACGGCGUUCUACUUUGACGUCACCGACCCGUAUCGCCCCAAGUUUUCGCACAGCAACCGUGCCAUUCUCAGCUCCAUUGUCGACGAGAUCCGUGCCAAACCUGAUGGCGGCUUCUACAUCACCUACAUGGGCAGCGCCGUGGGAACCUCGCCUGGCAAGCUGAUCGAGACAGAUGCCAAGGGCAACAUUUUGAGCGAGUGGCCGAGCGUGCUUGAUGUUUCCUCCACUCUCAACACUUUGGGAGAGCAGUUCUCUCCCCACGGCCUCACCAUCGACUUUAACAAGAACAUUGCCUUGACCUCGGACUUUGUCGUCCCCCUGUCCAUUCUGAAGCCGACUUUGAGGAUACAGCGUGCAAACACUCUCCGGCUGUGGAAUCUCUCGUCCCGCUCCAUUAUUUCCACCAUCACCAUCCCCGACGGACAGGGCAUCCAAGACGUCAAGUUCAUCCCCGGCAACGAGGAGACAGCGGCGCUGGCCACUGCCGUCGGCCUCGGCCAGGUGUGGAUCAUCUACCCGUUCCGCACGAAUCCGGACGGAAGCCAGGGUGUUGCCGAGCCGCUCUUCGACCUCGGCGACGCGGCCCGGGGCUCCAUGGCCAUCUACUCUGACAUCUCAGACGACGGCAAGCUCGCCUACUUCACCAUCACGCUGGGCAACCACGUCGCGGCGCUCGACAUCUCGGACCUGAACAACGUCAAGCGCCUCGAUAACCCGAACGAGAAGCAGCCCAUCAUCGGCCCCCACUACGUCAAGAUCUCGCCCGACAAGAAGAACCUGCUCGUCACGGGCUACUUUGUCCAGGCCGGAGACAUCUCGGUCCUAAACACACCAGGCGAUUACAAGGCCCAUUGGAUUGAUAUUCUGCCCAACGGCAGCCUCAGCUUCAACCGCACCAUUGACUUCAACCAUAUCUUCACUACCAGCCGUGGCGGCGCCCGCCCACAUUCGUCUGUCAUCUUUGACCUGACGGACCCCACGAAGCCCAAGUACUACUAACUGGCACGCGGACGCUGAUAUCUGCUAGGCUACCGCUGCUGUUUUUGACUCGUGGUGUGGGCCUCUGCGCGAGAUAGCAGUGGAUGUUUUCCUUUCUGAUGUAAGUGGAAAGGGGGGAUUAUCUGGGAUUCUGUGACUCGGCCACGGCUCAGAGAUGGCGCAGGAGGCUUGGAGUGUCCUUGCCUGAAAAUAUUAAUCAUCUAGUUGGUAGUAGUAAUAAGAGACGAAAACAGUCACUCGCUGAAUGAGUUGCUGAAGAGUCCGACUACCCCAGUUAGGCAGGUGAUGGAUCCGUUUUGCUCGCACUAGUGAGUUGAGAGCCCAUUGCUUCGAU